AUGCUACAGAACGUAUUCACAUACAUACAACUAGCCCGGGAUCACUGGCAUUCUGCCCAACUCACAUACAUCGAGCCAUACCUCAUCAGACCGUUAAAUACUCUGCUCAACUCGCCUCCAGACCUCUACUCGGUACUCGCGCUGCUUCUUAUCUUCAUCAUAUCGCUUAAAAUCCUGGACUAUGCACGGAGGGUCAUAAUGUUUUGGGUCAUGUUGGUGUUCCGGUUGGUGUUUUGGGGCGCGAUCGCAGGAGUUGCAUGGUAUGCGUAUAACGUCGGGUGGGAGCGAGUGUGGUAUGACGCUGCGUGGGUGCUUGGGUUGCUGGAAGGGUUCAUCCGGCAGCUGAUAGCAAACGAGCCGCCCUCUGUUAGGAGCUCUCGGACAACGGGCGGGUGGCGAUCGCAGGAUCAAUGGAGGAGUUCGCAAGGCAGGCCAUGGAGAUGA